AUGACCGCGGCGCUCGCUGCCGCCGCCAAGGCAGCGAUUCGACCGCGCGCACCGCGGCGGCAGGUGAUUCAGCUUACGGACGCGGCGGCCGAUCGGAUUCGCGAGCUGCUGACGAGGCGCAACAAGGAGUACCUCAAGCUGGGCGUCAAGUCGCGCGGCUGCAGCGGCAUGAGCUACACCCUCUCCUACGCCGACGAGCCGGGGAGGUUCGACGAGGUGGUGGAGGAGAAGGGCGUGCGAGUGGUGGUGGAGCCCAAGGCGCUCAUGGCUGUCAUCGGCACCACCGUUGAUUUUGUGCAAGACCGCCUCAAGUCCCUCUCGUCAUCGUUCGUCACAUUUCUCCCCUGCUGCCCCACGCCCUCCCUUAGCUUCCACCUGCUGCUGUGA